AUGGAACGUCUCAAAGCAAAACGUGGAGUGAAGCGGUCGCAAAACACGAAAAUUAUCCACGAGGCGACAGCGGGGAGGGAGACAGCGGACCUGGCAUCGCGGACUGCCUGGCUAGAAAGGCUCAAGGCCAAUAACAGGGCUCUUCAAGAGUUGAACACGGAGAUAGAAGAUCAUAUAUCGGAACAAGACCUCGUCGCAGAAUACACAACGGUCACGGAGUACGACGACGAGGCCAUCCGAAUGAUGGCGCUGUUGGACUGCAAGGCAAACUCACUGAGACGUAAAGAACAACAGGCACAGGCCACCCAGAUGACCACAUCCGCGACAACAUCUGCAACUGCCACUACAGACCUGGGAAGAAAUCGCACCAACAUUACUAGUGGCGUGAAGCUUCCCAAGUUACGACUUCAAACUUUCAACGGCGAGGUCAGCGCAUGGCAGAGCUUCUGGGAGCAGUUCGGUCGUGCUAUCCACGAAAACGAUAGCAUUCCACGAUCGGGAAAGUUUCAGUACCUGCACAACCAUGUCACCGGACCAGCGGCGGCGGCCAUCGCUGGGCUUCAGGCAAGUGAGGCCUGCUACGACGAUGCCAUUGAAAUCUUGACACUGCGCUUCGGUGAUAAACGAGGAUCGAGCAAAAUCAUCUGGCGAAGCUCCGAGCACUGCCUCCUGUUGCCUCCGCGAAAGACACGAAAGGCCUCCGAAAGAUGUACGAUCAUGUCCAGACGAACAUCCGAGGUCUGA